AUGAUUGGCUGGGUGCACAUCACCGUCUCCACCCUUAUUAUCCGCAAAUAUGGGCUGGAAGUGUGGAAGGAAAUUAAAAGAAAAGCCGGCUUUUCCGAUGAGACCGAAUUCGAAGUGCAGCAGUACUACGACGACAGCGAUACGUUCAGAAUUUUCCGCGCCGCCGCCGCGACACUUGGCGUAUCCGUGGACGACAUGUGGGAAUUGUACGGUGACCAUUUGAUCACUUAUGCCAGCGAGACGGGGUGGAACCGGAUGUUGGCGUGCAUGGCUGAUAAUCUACAGGACUUUCUGGACAACUUGAACUCGAUGCACUACUUCAUAGAUCAGAUCGCGUUCAAGUCGGAGAUGAAGGGCCCCUCGUUUCAAUGCGAAGACCAGGGGGACGGAACCCUGCGACUGCACUACUUCUCGAAUCGCCAGGGUCUGUAUCCCAUCGUCAAGGGGUUGGUGCGCAAAACGGCCAAAUAUCUAUUUGAUAUCGAAGUUUCGAUCAACGUCCUCGAACGUCAACAGGAGCGUCGAAAAAGCGGCCUCGUGGAGCAUGUCAUUUUCAGCGUCGGAGCCGACGAACGGCACAAAGAAGGCGAACGACUGGCCCAUCGAUUCCGCCGUAACAACCGUAGUCAAUUGGAGAUGGUUCCAGAAACGAAACUCCUCCGUACACUCAGCACCAAAGAUUUCAACGUCAUCUUCCCGUUCCACAUCUGCUUCAAUAAGCAAAUGAUUGUCGAGCAUGUCGGCCAAUUCAUCCUCUGCGAGUACGCAUUGGCCGACAAAAAGAUGGUGAAGCUAACUGAUGUCGUACAACUUGUCCAGCCGGCCGAUAUUCAGCUGACGUUCAAGAACAUUCUGUCGUAUUUGAACACGCUGUUCAUCUUCCAAAUGCGCCACCAUGCGAGGAGGAACGAGCAGGACGCGACGUGCAGUGUGGCAGCUUUUCAGCAGCCUUUAUGUUUGAAAGGCCAAAUGUACCCACUAGCCGAAGGAAAUACAAUUCUCUUCCUCUGCUCCCCUCAUGUCACCACCGUGCGUGACAUCCUCAACCUUAACCUCUGCAUCUCGGAUAUGCCAAUGCACGACGCGACUCGAGAUCUUGUCAUGCUCAACCAAAGUCGCAUCUGCCAAAUGGAGCUCAACAAAAAGCUCGAGGACACAGUGCGACGUCUUCGCGGGAUGGCCGAAGAGCUGGAGACGAAGAAGGGCCAGACGGAUCGGCUUCUUUUCGAAUUUGUGCCUGCACAGAUUGCCGAUGCUUUGCGCAAUCACAAACCGGUUCAAGCACAAGAAUUCGGUGAAUGCGCCGUCCUGUCGGCCGAUAUGCCCGAUUUUCCGACAAUCAACGUGCACUGUAAACCGGCACAAAUGAUCGAGCUGAUCACCGACCUUUUCCAUCGAUUCGAUCGGUUGAUCGACUUACACAAGUGCUACAAAGUGUUGUCGUUGAUGGAUUCCUAUUUGGUGGUGUGUGGGGUACCGGCCCCGUGUGAGCGAUAUUGUGAAAAGAUCCUCAACCUAGCGCUGGGCAUGAUUCUGGAGGCUCGACUCGUCAUCGUGCCCGAGCUUAACCUAUCGGUCCGGCUCCGCAUCGGUGUCCACGUGGGGCCAGUUGUCACCGGGAUUGUUAGCCAGAAAAAGCCGAGAUACUGCGUCCUUGGCGAAACCGUCGCCAUCACCAAAGCCAUUUGCGAGCACAACGACGCCGGAAAGAUUUUGGUCAGCAACGCCGCCAGGACCAUGGUGACAAAGGGCACCAAACAGCAACCAUCAGCCGUCUUUGUCUUCGCUUCGAAGGGCUACGUUGACAUUGGGACGAUGAAGAUGCUCACCCACUACCUGGAGCGCAACGAAAAAAUGAGCGCCUGGGAGAUUACGGAUCGGCCGAAGGGAGAGGAGCAGACGAUCGAUGGAUAUCGCGAAUUGCAUACCGAUGAGGGGGCCAGAGAAUGGGAGGAGGCCAGAGAACAUGCUCAGCGGGCCAUUCGGGUUCUUGAUGCGAUGAAGCCCCUCCCAUCCGAACAGGGCACCGGUACCCUCCAGAAAUUGAAGGCCAUCAAAAAACGGCUUGGCACCGGCCGAAGUUCCGAUAGCCACGACUUGACCUGUGCCCAGUACUGCCGCAACAACAUCGAGCCCACCACCGGAGCCCAGCGCGUCUGCGCCUCGUUCAACUUUGACGGACGUGAGACCUGCUACUUCUUUGAUGAUGCCGCCGCCCCGGCCGGCACUGGACAGUUGACGGCCAACCCAUCAGCCAACAACUUCUACUAUGAGAAGACUUGUCUGCCCGCCGUCACUGCCCACGAGGCGUGCACCUACCGGUCAUUCUCGUUCGAGCGUAUGCGCAAGACCAUUCUCGAGGGAUUCGUCAAGAAGACCGUUCAGGUUUCCGGCCGCGAGCAAUGCCUCUCCACCUGCCUCAAGGAGAAGGAGUUCGUCUGCCGCUCCGUCAACUACAACCACGACACCUACAUGUGCGAGCUGAAUGCUGAGGACAGAAGAAGCAAGCCGACCGCCCUCUCCAUGACCGACAUCAACGUCGAUUACUACGACAACAACUGCCUGUCCCGUCAGAACCGUUGCGGCCAACAAGGCGGAAACCUCGUCUUCGUCAAGACCACCAACUUCGAGAUCCACUUCUACGACCACACCCAAUCCGUUGAGGCCCAGGAGAGCUAUUGUCUUCAGAAGUGCCUCGACUCGCUCAACACCUUCUGCCGCUCGGUCGAGUUCUCGCCCAAUGAGAAGAACUGCAUCGUCUCCGAUGAAGACACUUUCUCCCGUGCCGAUCAACAGGGUCAGGUCCAGGCCAAGGACUACUACGAGCCGAUCUGCGUUGCCGCCGAUCUUUCCUCAUCCACCUGCCGUCAGCAGGCCGCCUUCGAGCGCUUCAUCGGUUCAUCGAUCGAGGGCGAGGUUGUCGCCUCCGCCCAGGGUGUCACUGUCUCUGACUGCAUCUCGUUGUGCUUCCAGAACCUCAACUGCAAGUCCAUCAACUAUGACAGGACAGCCUCGUCGUGCUUCAUCUAUGCCGUUGGCCGCGCCGACGCCAACAUUAAGGCGAACCCGUCGAUGGACUACUACGAGUUCAACUGCGAGAGCCAAUUCGGUGGCAUGGCACUGUGUACCAAUGACGGUAUCCGAUUCAUCGUCAACACCAAGGAACCCUACACCGGAGCCAUCUAUGCCGCCGAGCGCUUCUCCACUUGCAGCCAGGUCGUCGAAAACGCGAAGCAAAUCUCGAUCACCUUCCCUCCCCCCGACCGUCUCCUC